GACAGCACCUGUAUUAUAACUACACGCCAGCAGCUCAUAUCAUGGCCUCUGUAAAAAAGCCUUCUCAGCGCGAAGACUUCGAGAUAGUCAUAAUCUGUGGAUUAUCACUCGAGUUCAAUGCCGUUUCCUUUCUGUUCGAUGAAUUCUGGGACGAAGACGGUGAUCAUUACGGAAGAUCCUCCGGGGAUGUCAACCACUACACAACGGGCCGCAUUGGUAGGUACAGUGUUCUUUUGACGCUCCUCGCGCAUAUGGGCAAAACGCAUGCAGCAAGCGCCGCCGCCUGCAUUCGUUCGAGCUAUGGCGGUAUACGGCCGGCCUUGCUUGUUGGUAUCUGUGGCGGAGUCCCCCAUGCAGCAAGUGGUGAGGAUGAUGAGAUCUUGCUGGGCGAUGUUAUCAUUAGCAAGACUGUGGUACAGUAUGACUUUGGCAGGUUGAAUCCUCAUAAAUUUAUACGCAUGAAUACUUUUGAAGACAAUCUUGGCAGACCAAACAAGGAUAUUCGCAAUUUGUUAGUCACAUUCGAGACUGACAUUGGUUUGGAACGACUUCAACGAAGGACUGCGUACUUCCUCAAGCAACUCCAGGCCAAUGCUGCUGGAAGAAAACGUCAAGGCAGAUAUAGCUACCCUGGGACGGCAGAGGACAAGCUUUUCAAGCCAGCAUAUCGCCAUAAGCACCAUAUGCCAUGUGCGUGUAUUUGUCGUGAUUGCAAUAGCAUAUUUGAUCCUGUCUGUGACGAGGCUGUGGAUUCAUCCUGUAAAGAUCUUGGAUGCGACAACAUUUACCUCGAGCCUAGAAGAAGACAGCUCGAAGAGAAACGGCAGUUGGAACAAGAGAAGAGCGACAAGGCUCAGGAGCCCACCGUUCAUGUCGGGUCUAUUGCGUCGGGCGAUAUGGCGAUGAAGAGUGCAGAAGACCGGGACAGGAUUGCAAGGAGAGAAGGGGUUAUUGCGUUUGAGAUGGACGGGGCUGGUGUGUGGGAAGAGCUGCCUUGUAUCGUUAUCAAAGGGGUAUGUGAUUAUGCCGACUGUCAGAACAACAACAGGUGGCAGAACUUUGCAGCUGCAACAGCCGCAGCCGCAUUGAAUGCUAUUUUGGAACGUUACAUUCAGACAGAUAGAAUCCACAAAAGAGUUGUGGACCCAUCGGAGAGAGAGUUGAUCAUUCAAGGUGCUUCGAGAUAUAGUUCUGAGGUGAGAGGAGAGGACGUGAGGCAGGGUAAUGAGCUUCAAGUUUCAUCAUCUCAAUCAUCCCGGCAUUAUGCACAAGAAGGAUCAUAUUUUGGAGGGAUUAUUCGGGCAGCUGGGUCUGUGGUUCAAGGGAACAAAUUUAGCAUAUAAGAGAUGUUGAUUACUUGUGUUAUCGAGGAUAGUCUAGUUUUGAUAGCUGCA